UUUUUUUUAUUUUAAUUAAAUUUUAACCAGUUGGUUUUAAAUUCACGAGGAAGCCCCCCCUCGCUCCGAUAACCCAGAAGAAAAUGUUGAGAGCAAAGGAGCUACGUGCACCUCUCUCGACGCUUCUUCGACGCAGGGCCUUCUCUUCGGCGGCACGCCGUUUUCUACUCCUUCCUUUAUUUUCCACUCCACAAGUCUACUCGUCGAACGUCGGAAAUUCUAGCUUCUUCUUUAGCACCCGUGAAAACCACUUCCUUCAGAAUUCUCUCAAUUUUUCUGGGAAAAACUUCUGCACCCAAUCGUCGGUGAAAACUAAUACUAGUUGCUGGAACUGCAAUGCUCCGCCUCAACGGUCGCCGUUUCUGGUUUGUGAGUCGUGUCGAACCAUCCAGCCCGUUGAUCAGUCUAUCGAUUACUUCCAGAUUUUUGGACUGGAGAAGAAUUAUAAAAUAAAGGACGAGAAUCUGGAGAGGAAGUACAAAGACUGGCAGAAAAAAUUGCAUCCUGAUUUAGUUCAUUCGAAAUCUCAGAAAGAGAGAGAAUUUGCGGCAGAACAGUCUGCUCGGGUUAUUGAUGCGUAUAGAACGCUUAGUGAUCCGCGGUUAAGGGCAAUAUACAUUUUAAAGCUUCAAGGAGUAAAUGUUCAUGAAGAAGAAACAAUUUCAGAACCACAAUUGUUAGCUGAGGUUAUGGAAAUCAGGGAAGCAGUUGACGAGGCACCUGACUCUAAGGCUUUAACUGAGAUUCAAUCUCAGAUGAGAGAAAAAUUGCAACAUUGGUCUGAUUCCUUUGCAAAUGCUUUUCAAAGCCAGAAAUUUGAAGAAGCUUUGACUUGUAUUCGGAGAAUGACUUACUAUGAUCGUGUAAAUGAAGAGAUUUUGAAGAGGCUUUAAGAAGGCUCUUGAUGGUCUGGAGCUAAUUUUGGCAGGUGGGCAAGUCAUUCAAGAGCAUUCACUUGCAAAUGCAAUCAACUUAUAGGUAUUUAUGCUUGAUUCUUAAGAUAAAAUUUUUGUAAUUUUAUACAAUAUUUUAUGAAUAAACCUUACCUUGAGCAUGCGUUUGCUUCCUAUGGAAAUAGUAGUACCAGUACUCUCCUCAAUAAAAGUCACUGAUACCUGCUGAAAAUAUUCCAUGCUUCUGUAAGCAUGACUGGAAUUUAUAGCACUAACUGCACCUCUACACUUAUACCCUUGAUUCUGGAUCACAAUGUAAUCAAGUGAAAUAAAUUUUUCAGUGAUCAAAUUUGUUGUUUUUCUUCAAUCCUGUAAGAAGUUCAUGUGUAAUUCUCCAGAGUGAGCAUUUUUAUAUAUACUUGUAUUUCUUCUCGUG